AUGCGCACCUCGGGAAGGCACCGCCCAGAACCCGCCGCCGCUGUCGAGAUCCCGCAAAGUGGGGCGCAGGCCACCAGGACCACUUCCGGACUUCAGGUACGAAGUUCGCUCCGGCUGGCUCCUGGGAGGACUUGGGGCUGUAGAUACUGAGGAUUUUUCAGUGUUGCCUCCUUUUCAGGGCCAUCGUCUCCUCCUGUGCCCCGGAUUUCCUCCCCAAAGACCCUUCCGCACAAAGUUGUCCUUUCUCCCUUGCUCUACGACUGCAGCCUUGCCAAUGGACCUUGUUGGUUUUGGUUAUGCAGCCUUUGUGACAUUUGGAAGUAUUGUGGGAUAUAAGCGGAGAGGUAGUAUUCCGUCUUUGAUUGCUGGUCUCUUUGUUGGACUUUUGGCUGGCUAUGGAGCUUACCGUGUCUCCAAUGACAAGCGAGAUGUGAAAGUGUCUCUGUUUGCAGCUUUCUUUCUGGCCACCAUAAUGGGUGUGCGGUUUAAGAGAUCCAAGAAAAUAAUCCCAGCUGGGCUGGUGGCAGGCUUAAGUCUCAUGAUGAUUCUAAGACUUGUCUUACUGCUGCUCUGAGAAUCCGGAGGAACUGAAAGCUGAAUUGACGUCAUUCUACACUAACGGGCAGAACACACUCUUGGAACUCAGAAGAUAAAUUUCAGUAUGGAAUGUUAAGUGUCUUAUUUAAUACUAGAAACAAAAGAAAUACUGUCACCUCUUAUAUGAACACUAGUCUGAGGUGUUGUUUGUUUUGUUUUUGAACAAAACUUUGUUUUCUAAUUGUCAGGUACUGUUUUCAUUAAAGGUAUUUAAUAGCCUUGCCA